AUGAGCAGCCUCGACUCGGUCGGCUCACUGCUUGCGGCCAUUGCGAAGCUAGUCGCCGAGGGACUGCGCAUACUCAGCCUGGCCGACAAGACCCUCUGGGGCCCCGACGAGCACGAGCAGGUCCGCGCCCUGGCAAAGGUACUCGACGAGGCCAAGAAGGACUUUCAAGAGCUGUCGCCUCUGGUCAACGGUCAGAUUUACUACGAGAGCGACCGUAAACAUGAAUCUAUUCAGGAAUUGAGAAGCUUACAGACUCGAUUCAACUCGCAUAUAGAAAACCUAAGGUACUGGAGUCGCUCCGGCGGCAAGAUCGAAUCAAUAUGGGUACGCGAGACACACGACCUCCAGCGAAAACUACACAGAGCGCAAUGCCGAGCGGCGCAACGAAUAUUCAACUCGGAGAAAGAAGGUUCUUCACGGUGUCUGGGCGCAUUCCUCGUCCACAGGAAGCAGCGCGAAUGGAGGGACAACCGGACAGUCCCGGAUGAAGCAGAGUAUGUGCGGAGGUACCAAGAAGAGCUGCGGCUGUGCAACACUGUCGGGUCGUUCAAGCGAUUCGGCGAUCGAGACAUUGCGUUUGUGUGCGACUACUGCGACGGCCACAUUAUAUGGGAGGACCUUGAGAAUAUGCCCUCGAUCCGGACGUUCCAGGAGGCCGCCGCUUCCCCCAUCUUGACCUUGUCGCCGACGACAAACAAUCCACACUGGCAGGCGACGGGUUUCGGCUUAUCGGGCCACCAGGAGAAGCAGGUCGUGUUUGCGCCAGUUGCCAUCGCCAACCAUGUAGCGCCGCAACCCCGAGACUGGCUGGCCGGCCUGCUGUGUCCCUACUGCGAGGAGGACUCGACAGAACCCCAGGAGCAGUAUGAUGAGGAGGACGCCUAUAGGCCGGAUCUCGGGUACGAAGACAUGGUGGCAUAUCAGGAGCACCUCGAGUGGCAGCACACAGUUACCGCACCGACGUCACAACAGCCGGCGACUUCGAACAACUGCCAGGUGAUGUAG